GCCCAUGCUCCUAUUUACAUUUGAUUAGAUCGAUCGUCGAGUUCUGGAACGGGGCUUUCGAUAUUCUUGACAGUGACAACAGAGAGAAUCAUCAAUUGCUCGACAAAGAUCUUGUGGACGAUAACCUUCAUGGCCAUGACUCUGGCAAGUGCGGAUGCAGACAAUCCAGCGGGACUGAGAUGUAUACCAGCUUAGGACGAGCCAUUUCUCAGAGUCAUUACCCAUACUUCUCUCUUGAACUGUCUUUCUGUCGAUUCCUUUGUUGGCACUCUGUACACAUCCUUCGGCAGCACGAAUGGAGACCGAGCAAUGAAAUACCUGAGAAGUGUCUGCCGGAGCUUGAGAACAAAAAGUGAAGAAGCCGAUGAAAAUGCAUAGGUGAUCUCAUUGGACAUGACGAAGUUGCUCUUGAAUGCCCUUUACCAACUACUGACCAGCGUCCGACGCGCUCAGUUUCGCGAUGAACUUCCCGCGCUGCUCGACUUAAUCCGCGACCUGGCCUUCAAAAUGACCGAAAUAUGCUCGAAAGACGACCUUGACGGUGUACAAAUCAAAAUAGAAGCAAUGCAGAACCUGAUAGCCAGAGCUAACCACAGCCUUGUCACACCCCGGGCGCGUGAGGAAGCUCCCCAGAUACUGGGUCGGCCUUGUCGUCUUUCCAAUGGAUAUACAUACCUGGCGGGAGACACGACAACGACUUCGCAGAAAUCUAUCAAGUUUAGAUCCUUCCUACUCACGCAGAGAUUGCCAGCGGGCAAUUCAGAUAUCUACCCUCUACCAACUUUCUUCAGCCUCACUUUCGCGCUGACUCUUCGCAAAGAUAUAUUGACUCAACAUUUCGACUUCUGCGCCAUGAUAAGUUCAGCUCAGCCAAGGAUAUCCUUCGAGAUCUGCUGUAGUAGAAUGAUUUGACACGAAUUCCUUGUCUCUCAGUCAAGGAUAGCGGGGCACAUUUCUACCUGGGAGCACAGGUCCAGCAAAUAUUUGUCAAUGAGAGAAAUGAGCUCGAAGCCACUGUAUCCUUUUCUACCCAUCAAAACUCUGCAAAAGA